GGCGAGUUGAGAUUUAGGCUGUGUUCGGGCCAUGCUACACUGACGUCUUUGCUGGUUAUAAUGUUCGGUAAAAGACAGAACGUGGCUCUGUCAAAGCCGAAGAAGUUACAUUCCCUCGAAUACUUGAAGUACCUUUAUUCGGUCAUCCAGAAAAAUCCGACAGUCACUGAACAAAACUCAGAAACGAUCGUUGAGGUUGUCCGGUUGGUCGCUGAAAUCCUCAUUUGGGGUGAUCAAAAUGACAGCACUGUUAUGGACUUCUUUCUGGAGAAAAACGUUUUAGAAUACUUUCUUAAGUAUGUGAAACAGAACCCUGCGCGAAAAGUUUGUAUUCAGCUGUUACAAACCUUGAAUAUUUUGUUCGAGAAUAUCACGAAUAAAACUGCCAUAUAUUACCUGCUAUCGAACAAUCAUACUAAUGAAAUAAUAGCACAUCGAUUCGAUUUUGCUGAUGAGGAGAUUGUGGCCUACUACAUAUCAUUUUUGAAGACUCUUUCGCUCCGGUUAAAUGCGAAUACAAUAAACUUUUUCUACCUGGAAGUAUGCAUUUCCGUCAACUCCUGUCCAACACUCAUCAAUCAAGUUAUUUUGCCAUCCGGAAAGUAUGGUUCGCAUCGCUGUGCGUACGAUUACAUUGAACAUUCAUCGAGGUGGGUGUUUCGCUAUGGAUUUGUAACCUCCCUGUAUGUAGUGAAGGACGAAGGAUCUCUGGAGUUCAUUCAUCAUCAGACCUCGUUGCCGUAUUUUUCCUGCUUAGUCUGGUCGCUUGGAAACACGAUUUUGGAUAUUGAUGCCUUACUCCGAUCCGAUAUGAGCAUUCAUUAUCGAACAAGGUUGGAUGAUUUGGUCGCAGAACAUGUGGAUCUGUUGCACUACGUGAAUGACUUGUUGUCUCUCAAUAUCGAGGGAUUAAAUGAAGUGCUCUGUGAUCAGUUAUUGCAUCGUCUCCUCAUACCCCUGCACAUAUUCUCCCUGACCCAACGGCACAGGACGUACGACACAGAAGGCAAACGCAUACGACGACCUCAUGUGUCUCAUCCUGUUUCAUCGCUUAUGCUCACACACGUCUACAUCAUACUAAAUCACCAGGAUGUGCUGCGCGUUUUGACAGAGGCAAUUUUCCUUGGUGACCCUAGUCUAACUGAUCUACUCCCAAACACACGCAUCUCCAAAAAUAAGUCAGGUGUUGGAGAUUUGGAGAAACCCUGUCAAAGUUCCCCGCCUGCUAGCCAACUUUUUGAUUCAAAUCAAAGUGAUGAAAGUUUAGAUGACGAAAGUUCCGACAACUCCGUUCAGCCGGCUCCAGCUAUCCAAAUUGCGCGGUCUCUUGUGGCAGCGACCAAAGCUGUCCGAGCCGCCCGGAAUUCUGCGGCUGGCAGCCGUUUAUCGGCGUACAUGGCAAACACCCAAGAACUGCAUCGUCAUCCUUCCUUUGCUCAACCUACUCAGUCGUUAGAAAUGGGGCUUAAGUAUGCUAAAGGUGUCACUCCGGAACUACUCAAGAGUCUGUGGCCAUCAGAUUUGGCACCACUCCGGUUGAGUGAGCGUGGGGCGAGCGUAACAGAACCCCUACCUAUUGUGGCAAAAAAUACUGAUGCGAAUGCAUCUGGUGUGACGAAUGAGCCUGAGCAGUUGUCCGUUUCGAGUAUUGAAGACUCCUCCACAGGAGACUCGAGCCAGCAGUCCCACUUCCCUAGUAUGGUGGACGACCAAGGCCAGAAAAGAAACCAACUACUAUUGUCCACCAGUUCAACUCCUUCGUUUCAUCUGGGUCCUCCGGUUCAUAGUACACCAGUUCCCUGCACGGUGUCUCAGGAUGUUCAUUCGGUUUCUGAAACAUCCUUCAGUCUGAAUGGCCGCCCAUUCCUUCGCUCACUAUUUCGUGCACUUGAGGUUGGACCAGGCACAGACUACGAGACUCUGUUCGCCCUUUUACUCUUCUCAUCCAUUCGUGCCAAUUCAGGUAUCGACGUCCCAACACUCCAAUUGGCAUGCCUGUCGGACCCAAGCUUGGAUAACGGAUACCGAUAUGACAAUUUACUAAUCGAAAGGUUGCUGGGACUCAUCAGCGAUGCCUGCAAAGCCAAUAGUAGAGUUCGUCUCAUCACCCUCUACAUGGCGAUUCGGUUACUCACAGAUCUCUGCUGCACUGAAGUCAACGGAUGUAUUUUAUCUGAUGGACAUUUUGCACAAUUGCUCAGCGUGAGAGAAGAAGCAACUAUGGUACUGCGCAGUUACUUCCGGAACGAUGCAAUUUUCUUAGACCUAUUUGAAUAUGAACUACGUCAGAUGCAAAAGCCCCCGUUGUCCUUCAACAAGUUAGCCAUGGACUCCAGUCUUUUGAUUCCUCCGCUGGCUGCCUCGGUUCUUCCUGGUGUUUCGCCCCCGAAUGUGACAAUUCGACUGGGUCAUUGGAGACACCUUCCUCGGGUCGAAAUGGAACACACCCAACGCGCGAUCGGUGCCUACUUGCUUAUCUAUAUUUGGGUUGAAUCACUAUUACGUGCACGAUCCUCAGACGAUGGACAUCCUCACACUCAUUUAGGAACCACCAAACUCACUAACAGUGAAUGCAUACUGUCCUCCAACAGACUGGCGGUCGACCUCGCCAGUAUGCCUGGUCUAGCCGGCCUGGGCAAUAUUACAGAUCCCAAAGCCUCGUCCUGUGUACACAAAGCAGGAGACAAAUUAGAUCUCUCGUCAGAAGCCCUCAUUGGAUGUACAGUUGAAGCUGGAGGCAGCCAUGAGAAACGAUUUCUAGUCAACUACAGCCAACAACUCGUUUUGGUCGAACCAGACUCGAGACAAAUGGGCUGGGGAGUGAUCACGUUUAUCGGCCCACUACAGGAUUUGGAAGCGGUUUGUGAUCCGGCAGACAGUCGUUGUCUACACGUAACGGUUCAUUCACCCGGCCAUUUAACGUCUACCUCUUUAACUGGUGCGAAGUCGAUGCCAACCAAAACAAAAGUCGAAACCAGUGGGGUAGACUCCAGUCCACGUCACACUUUUAAAAAAUCAGCACUUUUUGUGGCACGAUUUCUGUUCGAAGAUCAUAUUCGUUGUAUGACGGCUAGACAAAUGCUCGUUCGAGGAUGUGAAUUGGCCCGACAAACACGACUUCGGAAAAUAGCCGCUUUACUCGACUUCUCUCCACAAUUUCUUCGUGAGACGUUUGUUUUCGGUGGCCCGACUGGUGGUUUCAAUUUCGGCCCGUCCAAGGCUGCUAACCACCCCAGUGUUGCUCCGAAUUCGGCCAGCUUUCCUACCACGAGCGAUGCACGGACUAACUCACAACAAUCUACCAACCCAAGCAGUGAUAAAGCGCUCAAUCGAGAUCCAGGGACUUUCUUACUGGAGCGUCAGUCGCACCGUACCAAAUCCAAUAUUCGCUCCCAUCCAGAAGAUGAUAACUCUUUGGACUAUCGCAUUCCACUGGUUUCCCUGGCAGCUAUGUCAAAGCCAUCAGUACCACCCCCAAUACCUCCGCACAGGCGGUCCGUUCCCUUGGAGAGAGGGUCCGCCGUACCAGUCCGCACGCGGCUAAUCGAUUCAGUCAAUCGGACUCCAGUGGCCUUAGUCCAGCAGCAACUUCCUACGCAGCCCCAUUCACCCGUAUUCACAAUGAUUGCUCCGGGAGAAAGUAAGCUGACAGAACCGGUUCAUCGCACCCCUUACCGACCUCGAGACUCUACAUCGCCGGUUCUCUCCCAAACGACACCUGUGCACAAAAACAACUCCGAGAAUAAUCGGGAGUAUACGUGAGAAGGCCUAGGGUGAAUGUUCUGCGUAGAGCUACUCGCUUCGGACAAGCUGGCCAAGUUGUUUCAAAGCAAAGGUUGCUCAAGUCUUUCAACCUGGUUUUCGGUACAUUUUCUCGCCCGACAUCAAACACGUCACCACAUGUGAUAGCAGUUAAUAGCGUGACAGUCCCUCCCUAAAGUCCACUUAUCAUAUGCCAAACACCAAUCCUUUUAAGUUUCCACAAACGAGGCACUUGACCCAAUGAAUCGUUUUGCUGCCCUUUUGCUUCGGUGCAACUCUUUUAGUCUUUCUCGCCUUAUCAACACUUUUUCACGUCCCUUCACAAGUUUCUCACUAUCCCAGAUAUUUUCGCCCCCUAGGUGGGCGUAUUGGCA